GAAAGAGAUUUUUGAUUUUACCAUAAAAGAAAACAAAUCCUGAUGUCUCUGGUUGCAUAUGCUAGUAGUGAUAGCAGUGAUGAAGAAAAUGAAAUAGAGGAAAAAAAUUCUGUUCAAAGUUGCGUUACUAGCUCCCAAGUUCUGUCAAAAAAACGCGAGCCCAAGAAAAUCUCUAUCCCAUCGCUUAAAGAGUUUAAAGAUGAAGACCCAGAUGAAGUUCCUAAAAAGAAAAUUGCUUAUAAGGGAGGAUCAAGUCUUUUAGGUAUGCUCCCACAACCAAAAAAUUGCACCACUUUAUCCAAACCUGGUUUCACUCCGUACGUCCUCACCAAAAAGCAAGAUAUAAAGACCAAUCCAUCCAAAUUGAAUGAUAACAUCAAGAAAUCCAAUCCAAGUCCAACUCCUUCUGUUACGUCAUCUUCAAAAAUUUCUUCUACACCACCUAAAGGGAACCAAAGUGCAAAGCUGGAGAAUGAUGAUGAUGAUGAUGUGGUCACAAGCAGUGAUGCGACGCAUUCCGGAGAUCUUGAUUUCUUUUCUCUGAAUACAGAUCAACCUCCUUUCAAACCUGUUGACAGUUACGUUGUAAAGGAACAGACACUUGAAUUGCCUGUUCCAGCAGUUUCAUUCCAAGAAACUGAAAUGAAUUUUGCGGUGCCAGAAUCUUCGCAAAACCUUCCCGAACCCAGUAGUUCAAGCUUUGAUGAACAGAAUGUGGUAGAUGGAAGCCCAACAUACGUUUCUGCUGCUGUUGGAAGCCAUGAGGAUUUAUCAAUGCAAGAACCUUCUCUGAGUGAGGAGGGGUUCCUUAAAUUGCAAGGCCGCCGAAAAAAAUUCGAAGAUGUGAACAUUAUCGAUGUGAAUGUAGAUGAUCAACUUACCGAUAGAAAUGAGAUGCUGAUGAAAUCUUUGACACAAGAAGUCGAACAUAGGCCAUUCAAAAGAAGGCAUGAUAUGCCAACUCAGCAGCAGAAACGAAAGCAUCAAAUAACAUACUUAGCUUUUCAGGCUAAAGAAAGAGAGAUGGAUCUGAAAAAUCAAUGGGCCAUGAACAGUCGCACCCGUCGAGAAACUCAAGCAAAAUAUGGAUUUUAAUCGACAUUUUUUUAAAUAUAUUUUGUUUACUAAAAUGCUUGUACAUAGGUUUUUCAAUCAAGUAAUAAACA